UGCAUAUCCAGUUGAAGCAAAGUGAGUCUGAACGAAGGAACGAGGUUAUCCUUUUUGUGAGUUUGGCUGAGGACGAAGCCGCACGCACGCACGAACACAUGGCAUCUAUGCGCGCCCUCGUCGCUGCUAAGUAGACCCACCACGGUCUGUCGUCCUACUGGUCAGUUAUGAUUCAUCUCCGAGCGAAUGCAGCCUUGUCCCGGGCCCGCAUUCCCCGCUGUGACAGUGAGCCACGAGCAUGCCAGUGCCCCGGACGCCCUCUUCCAGCCUGAUACAGACCCGCACAAGUUCAGGAUGUAUUUCAACCGGCGAUCGAAGAAGAUCCACAGCGAGGGCGGACCCUCUUGCUCAUCCGCCGGCUACCGCAAGGCAGAUGAUGAGAUGUCCGGGACUACUUUUCAGGCGGAUCCCACAGAUGCCACAGCGCGGACGAUUCUGCUCAACCAACCUCAGAACACCAAGUUCUGUGAUAACCAUGUCAGUACCACUAAGUACGGGGUGCUCACCUUCUUGCCUCGUUUCUUGUACGAGCAGAUCCGCCGGGCCGCCAACGCCUUCUUCCUCUUCAUCGCCCUGAUGCAGCAAAUCCCUGAUGUUUCUCCUACGGGUCGCUACACCACCCUGGUACCGCUCAUCUUCAUCCUCACUGUGGCCGGGAUCAAAGAGAUCAUAGAGGAUUAUCAAAGACACAAGGCAGACAACACAGUCAACAAGAAAAAGACCACAGUUCUGGGGAAUGGAGCCUGGCAGACCAUCAUAUGGAAACAGGUGGCAGUAGGAGACAUAGUGAAGGUGACCAAUGGGCAGCAUCUUCCAGCUGACAUGGUCAUAGUGUCCUCCAGUGAGCCUCAGGCCAUGUGUUAUACUGAGACCUCCAACCUGGACGGAGAAACCAACCUGAAGAUCAGACAGGGUCUCCCUCUCACAGCUGGUCUCCAGUCUCUGGAGGAGCUGGUGGGUCUCUCUGGCCGUCUGGAGUGUGAAGAGCCCAACAGACACCUGUAUGACUUCACUGGGACUCUACGCCUGGACAACCAAAAUGCGGUUCCUCUGGGUCCUGACCAGGUGCUGCUGCGAGGUGCCCAGCUCAGGAACACACAAUGGGUUGUGGGUAUUAUAGUCUACACUGGACAUGACUCCAAACUGAUGCAGAACUCCACCAAGGCCCCUCUGAAGCGUUCUAACGUGGAGCGGGUGACCAAUGUCCAGAUCCUGGUGCUGUUCUGCAUCCUCCUGGUGAUGGCGCUAGUGAGCUCUAUAGGAGCCUCCAUCUGGAACAAACAACACACUGAGGAGGCCUGCUGGUACCUGUCACGCGCUGGGGACAUCUCCACUAACUUCUGGUAUAACCUGCUGACCUUCAUCAUCCUCUACAACAACCUCAUCCCCAUCAGCCUGCUGGUCACUCUGGAGGUGGUCAAGUUCACACAGGCACUCUUCAUCAACUGGGAUGUGGAGAUGUACUACGCGGAGACAGACACACCCGCCAUGGCUCGAACAUCCAAUCUCAACGAAGAACUGGGCCAGGUGAAGUAUCUGUUUUCUGAUAAGACAGGAACUCUCACCUGUAACGUCAUGCACUUCAAGAAGUGUACCAUCGCUGGAAUCACAUACGGCCACUUCCCUGACCUAGAUGUUGAUGGUUCCAUGGAGGACUUCAGCCCCCUGCCGUCCAGCAGUCUUAACACCACAGAGUUUGAUGACCCCACUCUCAUCCAGAACAUUGAGAAGAACCACCCGACCUCUGCUCAGAUCUGUGAGUUCCUGACGAUGAUGGCGGUGUGUCACACCGUGGUCCCAGAGAGAGAGGAGGACCAGCUUAUUUACCAGGCCUCCUCGCCAGAUGAAGGAGCUCUGGUGAAAGGAGCCAAAGGUCUGGGCUUCGUUUUCACAGCAAGGACUCCUGGCUCCGUUAUCAUGGAAGCUAGGGGGAAGGAGAAGAGCUUUGAGUUGCUGAAUGUGCUGGAGUUUUCAAGUAACCGUAAGCGCAUGUCUGUAGUGGUCCGAACCCCCGAUGGGAAACUGCGUCUGUACUGCAAGGGAGCAGAUAAUGUGAUCUUUGAGCGUCUCACUGAUGCGUCUCAGUAUAAAGAGUUGACCAUGGCACAUCUGGAACAGUUCGCCAGCGAGGGUCUACGGACUCUGUGUUUUACCUAUGUUGAUCUGGAGGAGGGGGUAUAUCAGGAGUGGCUGAAGGAGUACACCAGGAUUAGCACCAUCAUCAAAGACCGGGCCCAGAAACUAGAGGACUGUUAUGAACUGCUAGAGAAGGAUUUGUUGUUGUUGGGGGCCACAGCUAUAGAGGACCGCCUCCAGGCAGGGGUCCCUGAGACCAUCGCUACUCUGAUGAAGGCCGACAUAAAGAUCUGGGUCCUCACUGGAGACAAACAGGAGACCGCCAUCAACAUAGGCUACUCCUGUCGUCUGGUGACCCACGGCAUGUCCCUCCUCAUCGUCAACGAGGACUCACUGGAUGCAACACGUGCCACCCUGACAGCCCACUGUACGUCUCUGGGUGACUCUCUGAGGAAGGAGAAUGAGUUGGCUCUGAUCAUCGAUGGACAGACCCUGAAAUACGCCCUGUCCUUCGAGCUCCGCCAAGCCUUCCUAGACCUCGCCCUGUCCUGCAAGGCCGUCAUCUGCUGCAGGGUGUCUCCCCUCCAGAAGUCUGAGAUAGUGGACAUGGUGAAGAAGCAUGUGAAGGCCAUCACUCUGGCCAUAGGAGAUGGGGCCAACGACGUGGGUAUGAUCCAGACUGCCCAUGUAGGGGUUGGCAUCAGUGGCAACGAGGGCAUGCAGGCAACCAACUCCUCUGACUACUCCAUCGCACAGUUUUCCUACCUGGAGAAGCUGUUGCUGGUCCAUGGGGCGUGGAGUUAUAACCGUGUCACUAAGUGUAUCCUCUACUGUUUCUAUAAGAAUGUGGUGCUCUACAUCAUAGAGCUGUGGUUUGCCUUUGUGAACGGCUUCUCUGGACAGAUCCUGUUUGAACGCUGGUGUAUAGGCCUCUACAACGUGAUCUUCACAGCACUGCCUCCCUUCACUCUGGGUAUCUUUGACCGGCCGUGCAGUCAGCAGAACAUGCUCCGCUUCCCCCAGCUAUACAGCAUAACCCAGAAUGCUGAGGGGUUCAACACAAAGGUGUUUUGGGGUCACUGUAUAAAUGCUCUGAUCCAUUCCAUUAUUCUCUUCUGGAUUCCACUCAAAGUUCUAAAACAUGACAGUCCUUUCAACAACGGUCAUGGUACUGACUACCUGUUUGUGGGGAACAUGGUGUACACGUAUGUGGUGGUAACAGUGUGUUUGAAAGCUGGUAUGGAAACCACUGCCUGGACCAGGUACUCCCACUUGGCAGUAUGGGGCAGUAUGAUUCUCUGGGUGCUCUUCUUCACUGUCUACUCAGCUUUCUGGCCGUCCAUCCCCAUCGCUCCUGACAUGCAAGGCCAGGCUGACAGGGUGAUGCGCUGCUGGCACUUCUGGCUGGGGCUGGUCCUGGUGCCAGCAGCCUGUCUACUCAAAGACUUUGCCUGGAACGCGGGUCGUCGCACUGUGCAGAAGUCUCUUCUGGAAGAGGUCCAGGAGCUGGAGGCCAGGGCUGUUGACCCGGGGGCCGCUGUGCUCCGAGACGCCAGUGGACGCAGUCUGAACGAGCGUGCCCACCUGUUGACCCGGGUCUUUAGGAAAACACCCUCCAAUGUGGGGUGCAAAAACUCUGUGCAGCAGAGCAACGUGUCCCAUGGCUAUGCCUUCUCCCAGGAGGAACAUGGGGUGGUGUCUCAGUCCCAGGUGUGUCGAUCCUACGACACCACCCGCCAACGGCCCAGUGUCUAGCUCACCCCCUCACCCCCACCGUCCCGCCCCCGGCCCACCUGGCUACGGGGCUCUUGGCAAUGGUUUCCCAGGCAACAGCGGAGACAGACUGAUGCUGAGGGCCCUGCUGUGGCCUUAUUGGAACUUAUACUGACUUUGACCUGGGACCUUGACCCCUGGAGGCCGUUGCUCGGCAUGAAACACUGACUAAAGGGAAGGGACCAGACCCGUCUGUACUGUCCAAACUGGUCUCCGCUCUUGCUUACUCACAUACACACACACACACCCAUAGAGCAGACACACAGGCACGAGUAAGCACAACCACACAAACAGACAUAAUAAAUCAACCACAGAGACUGUAAUGUGUAUCUAAUUAUAGCAUGGACUGGGUUUAGUUUACACAUCAGUGUGUCUUUGUCCGUGUGUAUGUCUGCACUUGUCUGUGCUACUGUAUGUAUCUGCCCUCGUGUGUGUGUGUGUGGCUACACUCCCUCUCAUCUCUCUCUCCUGAGCCGGGGUUUAGCUCAUCCGUCAUUACCGUGACGAUGGGAGACGGGGGAAGGAAGGAGGAGGAGGGGCACUUUGAAAUAAAUACUGAACAUAUACUGGCCCAGGAGGAAUUCCUCUCUGAGAGCUGAAGAGAAGAGAGCCCCACAGCCCCACUGCCAAAGAUCACAGAGAUGCCACUGAGGGGGAACCCCCACCCAUACUGACCACUACUCUACAAGGACCCCCACCCAUACUGACCACUACUCUACAAGGACCCCCAUCCAUACUGACCACUACUCUACAAGGACCCCCACCCAUACUGACCACUUGACUCUACAAGGACCCCCAUCCAUACUGACCACUACUCUACAAGGACCCCCACCCAUACUGACCACUACUCUACAAGGACCCCCACCCAUACUGACCACUACUCUACAAGGACCCCCACCCAUACUGACCACUACUCUACAAGGACCCCCACCUACCUUUCUGGCUCAGCGACCUCAUAUCUCUUCCCCCCUCUCAUCUGCGGCACGUCUCUUCUACCUGCUCGGUUGAAUCUGUUUUCUGUUGUAUAGUGGCGCUCCUGUGAUUCCUGCGAAUCCUGGCUGUCGCCCCCAGGAGGUCAGGUCAGCAGCAGCCUAGUUUGUAGCAGUUUGUUGGGUUCUCAAUUCAUCUAUGGACUUCUUUUGUUGUUGAAUAAAUGGACCUGUGUCUCUGUCUUUCUCUUUUCAUAUCUGUGUUUCUGCUCCUUGGAUAGAUAGAUAGAUAGAUAGAUAAUAUAUUAUCUAUCUAUCUCAUACUGGACUAUAGGCUGGAUGCAAAAGGGAUAUUCCAUGAUGUGAACUAAUAACAGGUGCUACAUAUACUUCACAUAUGUUAGGGUUCAUAAGCACUAUAUUGGAGUCCACAUAGUUAACAUUUCAAUAAAUAUUCUGCAGAAUGUAGUUGGUUUCAACCCUAUGUGUUGUGGUGUUUGUAAACUGUGUUAAGGACACUUCAGGGAAGGAAUGCAAGGGUCAGGGAACUUUACUACAUUUCAGAUGUAAUCAUUAAAUAUAAUCAAUCAGUGA